AUGAGCCGAACUUAUGCUAAAGAUCAAGAACUUGAUAAGAAUAUUGCAGCACGAAUUGAUACAUUAAAAGAUGAAGUGAGAAAGAUGCUUGUUUCAAAAACUGAUAAACCAUUGGCAAAAGUCAACUUAAUUGAUUCAAUAUGUCGUUUGGGUGUGAGCUAUCACUUUGAACAUGAAAUUGAUGAUAUUUUGCAAGAUAUUCACAAGUGCUAUGUCGAAAAUGGAGAAAUAACUCUUGAAGACAACCUUUACUCUCUUGCUGUGCUAUUUAGGGUGUUAAGGCAACAAGGAUUUCAUGUUUUCCCGAACGUGUUCAACAAAUUCAAGGACAAACAAAGAAACUUCAAUGAAAACCUUAUCACGGAUGUUGAGGGGAUGUUAAGCUUGUAUGAAGCAUCACAUAUGAUGAUUCAUGGAGAAGAAAUUUUGGAAGAAGCAUUGAGUUUUACUUCAACUCAUCUCGAGUCCAUUGCCACCGAAUUAAGCCCUUUUCUUGCUACACAAGUCAAAAAUAGCUUAAGGCAAGCUCUACACAAGAACUUGCCAAGGCUAGAGUCACGACGCUACAUUUCAAUCUAUGAGCAAGAUUCAUCCCAUGAUGAAAUUCUACUCACUUUAGCAAAAUUGGAUUUCAAUUUUCUUCAAAGCCUAUAUCAAAAGGAAUUUGGAAACAUUUGCAAAUGGUGGAAGGAGCUGGACUUGGCCAACAAACUACCUUAUGCACGAGAUAGGAUUAUUGAAUGUAGCUUUUGGGUUUUGACUACAUUUUUUGAGCCCAAAUAUUCUCAAGCAAGAAAAAUCAUGACUAAAACAAUCAACCUAUUAUCGGUCAUUGAUGAUACAUAUGAUGCAUAUGGAACGAUUGAUGAACUAGAACUUUUUACCAAGGCAAUUGAAAGGUUAACUAACACUUCACAUGGAAGGAAACAUAUAUUUACAUCACCCUUAUUUUUCCCUUGGCUUUCACUCUUACUAUUUUUAGUAAAUUUUAAUAAAAUGUGAUAUUUAUUCUCCUUUGUCUAGACACAUCUUGUUAAAAAU